CGGGAGCGGAGCGGCAUUUAUUCGGUUGAUGACGAUGAGAAAGCUCUGUCCAGCCUGGAGAUCAUCGUGCCACGUGACCUAGCAGAUGGGUUCGUCAAUAAUAAACGAGAGAGCUACAAGUUCAAAUUUGAGAAAAUUUUUGACCAAGAGGCAAAACAAGAUGUGGUUUUUGACAGCAUUGCCAAACCAGUAGCAGAAUGUGUGUUGGCAGGAUAUAAUGGUACUAUCUUUGCAUAUGGUCAGACAGGUAGCGGCAAAACUUUUACCAUCACAGGAGGAGCAGAACGUUACAGUGAUCGAGGCAUCGUUCCCAGGACUCUAUCUUAUAUUUUUGAUGAAUUGCAGAAGGAUAGCAGUAAAGUGUAUACAACUCACGUUUCCUACUUAGAAAUCUACAAUGAAUGUGGUUAUGAUCUGCUGGACCCAAGACACGAGGCCUCCAGACUGGAAGAUUUGCCAAAAGUGACAAUAAUGGAAGACCCUGAUCAGAACAUUCAUCUCAAAAAUUUGUCUCUUCAGCAAGCAACCAAUGAAGAGGAAGCCUUAAACCUGCUCUUCUUGGGAGACACCAACAGAAUGAUUGCUGAGACACCAAUGAAUCAAGCCUCAAGCCGAUCCCACUGCAUUUUCACUAUUCACAUCUCCAGCAAGGAACCUGGAUCUGCAACUAUCCGACGCUCCAAGCUACACUUAGUAGACCUUGCUGGAUCUGAGCGCGUUGCAAAGACUGGAGUUGGAGGUCACUUGUUGACAGAAGCCAAAUAUAUCAACCUGUCGUUACAUUAUUUGGAACAGGUAAUAAUUGCCCUUGCGGAGAAAAACCGGUCCCACAUUCCGUACCGAAACUCUAUGAUGACCUCAGUGCUAAGAGACAGCCUGGGAGGAAACUGCAUGACUACCAUGAUAGCAACACUCUCCAUAGACAAAAGAAACAUAGAUGAAUCUAUAUCAACCUGCAGAUUUGCACAGCGAGUUGCUCUUAUUAAGAAUGAAGCAGUUCUUAAUGAAGAAAUUGACCCCAGAUUGAUGAUUGUCCAGCUGAAAAAAGAGAUUCAGGAGCUGAAGGAUGAGCUGGCACUGGUGACUGGCAAGGAAAGAACGUCAGAGCUUUCACAGGAGGAGCUACUUCAGUAA